AUGCCUAUCGGAACCCAAGUGGAGCUGCGACCAGAAUCCAAGCUGAGACGUACUGCCAGUUCGUCCAUCAAGUCAAGCAUGGUUGAGCGUCUCUCCUCCCGAAGUUCUACCACCCCCUUCCUCUCCGACCGUCCUACCGUGGCGGCAGCAAGUGAACAAGCAAGGAACAGCCCUGACUUUGACGAAGAGCUCCCUGAUAACCGUCCACGAGACCUCUCUGCCGGUACCAAGCCAUCUGCUGUCCCUUACAACACUAAGGACGAAGCCAAGCGAGCUUUGUGUGGCUGGGCGGAGCAAAACGGAUUCAAAUUAGGAGAAGCACGCGGUACUGCGAACUUUGCGUACCUGAAAUGUACCCAAGAUUGGAACUUUCUGCCCCGUCCUCUGUGCAAGUAUCAGAUCGGACUCAAGAUGGACGCUGAUGGAAGAUGGAAAGUUCGUGUCUCGAGCGACGUUCACAACCAUUCCAUUGCGAUCAACAACCCUUCCGAUCGGGACCUUGGCCAACCCGGACCCUCAACGGCCCGGUCGAACAACUCUCCGGUCUCCGGCCUUCAUCGCGAACAGCAGUCGCAGCCGCAAGUCGAAGUCCAGCAUCAGCUCAAUCAACCACAACAGCAGCAGCGAGAGCAGGCGUUGUCGCAGCAGCAAACGCACGGUCACUUGCAGCGUCAACAAGCAUCGCUCCUUCGAGUGCAGCAGCAGCCGUCAGCGCAAGGACAACAAUCAUCAAGCCGCAGCAAGCGUCCGCGUUUCGACUCAGAUCACGUCCAGCCAGUUCAAAUCUUCGGUCAUACAUUCACAGCUGUGGCCAGGUCGGAACUGCAAGCCUCUGCUUCCAGCAUUGCCGCCAAUGACCGGCUUCAGCCUCGACAGCAGGUGAAUCACGUCGUCACCAGCCGUUCCUUCCCUGGCAUCGACAUUGACAGGCUUCAAGAGACAGCCUCUGGUCUCGGUCUACGAGAGCUAGUCGAGCUCUCUGCUCUGAUCAAGUAUGCGGACAAGCUGAUCGAGCGACAUCUGCGUGGUCUGUAG